GCUUAUAUACAGCAGGUGAUGCAACCGGAGCGACAGAAGCGCGAAGCGACGCAGAGAAACGAGUCUUUUCCUUCAACCGGACCGGAACCAGAACCUCAGAACACCAACAGAAUGAUGCUGCAGCAUCCUGGUCUCUCUCUGGCCGACAUCAGCUGCUCCGCUCUGGUGCCCUGCCUCUCCCCCCCCGGGACGCUCACCCUGGACGACUUCACCAGCUUCACCCCCCUGGUGAAGGAGGAGCUGCGGACGUCCAUCCACGCCAAGCGGCUGUCCAGCGGGCUGAGCGUGGACGUGAGCUCGGACGGCGCCAGCUCCAGCUCGGACCGGGCCGGGGUCAAGCGAGAGCUGACAUCAGAGGAGCACGAGAGGAGGAAGAGGAGGAGAGAAAGGAACAAAAUCGCUGCUGCGAAAUGUCGCAACAAGAAGAAGGAGAAAACCGAGUCUCUGCAGAAGGAGUCGGAGAAGCUGGAGGGCGUGAACGCGGAGCUGAAGGCUCAGAUCGAGGAGCUGAAGCAGCAGAAGCAGCAGCUGGUCUACAUGCUGAACCUGCACCGGCCCACCUGCAUCGUCCGCGCCCAGAACGGCCAGACGCCCGAAGACGAGAGGAACCUGUUCAUCCAGCACAUCAAAGAGAGCACCCUGCAGCUCGCCAGCCUCGCCUCCUGCUCCUCCUCCUGCUCCUCCUCCUGCUCCUCCUCCUCCUGCUCCUCGCUCCACGGAGCAGCGCCCACCCUGGACGACCUCCGCUGUCCGGCUCCUCUAUGAUCGCAGGAGGGAAAGACUUUACUGGAACUCACGGUUCCAGAAGCUGCUGGCUGGACUGAGACUUUCACCGUUACACAUUCUAGUUUGUUUGAUUCUACGUUGAUGGUCUGGGCCAAGAUCCGACACUAAAGCACUGAAAGAACACAUUUUUUGAUAGUUUUUUUGUACCAAAGUGUGAUUUGAAGGUCAUUAAGAUGCAUGAUGAGGUGUUUGAAUGUUUAUUUAUUAAAGAUGUUUGAUCUGAUGUAGAAAAACUUCUAGAAACAAUAAUGCUGCUAUUUUCUGCUCAGGAGCUGCACAGGCUGUAGAUUUUCUACCUUUUUUUUUUUUUGUCCUCCUGUGAAAAUAAACCUUUAAAAACAUCAAUCAGGAUGUUUGCUGCUGGAAAUGAACAGAGACGUAAAACCGUCAGUUUAUCGUCUGCAGACCGCCUGCUGCUCUUUGUUUACAUGUUUAAAAUAUUCCUCUAAAGAUCAAAACGCUUUAAAUGCAAAUGUUUUAUAUUUUUUUAUACUUUAUUCUCCUGUGUUAAGCUAGCAACAAAACAAUGUUUUGGUUGUUUUUUAAUAUUUAUUGAAUUUAAACCUCUAAUCUGCUCCUUUUAGGUUUAUUGUUCUGAAUAAAAACUAAAGACUUUCUAAAGUUUAUUUAAUCGCGUAAAAACAGCUGAGAUCAGAAGUGUUUAAGUUGUCUAAUUGUUCUUCAUAUUGGAGGAAUGUGGGAUUAACAGGUGGACAGAUUAACAGAUUAGAUAGAAAUUUCACCUCAUUCUGCUUAAAAACAAUAAACUUUAAAAAGUUCUCUGAUCCGCCGCCGUCUUCCUCUUUUCUCACCUGAUCAAUUCUGUUUUUCAUCAUUUUUUA